GUGUGUGUGUGUGUGUGUGACAGUGACAGUGUAACAUUGUCUCUCCUCUCUUCAGCUUCUCAAACCCAGCAGUUGGUUUUCAGCUCAAUGAGUCUCUGAAGUUUCCAGCAGAGUGACAUCAUGGCGUCCAAUGAUGUGCAGCCCCUGAAGCGCAGCAACAGUUAUGAACUUCUGCCACCUACAAUGUCUGAGCUGAGGGUUGUUCUUCUGGGGAACAGCUGGUCUCAGAGGAGUUCAGUGGGGAACUUCAUACUGGGACAGACUGUGUUGAACACUGAGGAAGAACCAGACUACUUUCAGAGAAUCAGUGGACCAUUGGAGGAGAAAAAAAUAGUUCUCAUCAACACCCCAGAUCUGCUGCAUCCAGACAUCUCUGAAGACAAACUGACAGAACAUGUGAAAACCUGUGAGAGACUCUCUGAUCCUGGACCUCAUGUGUUCCUGCUGGUUCUACAGCCUGAAGACUUCACUGAGGAACACAAACUGAAGCUCUGCAGAGUCCUUCAACUCUUCAGUGAUCAAUCAUUUGAUCAUUCACUGAUUCUGAUAUCAACACCCAGAGAGGAGAGUCCAGGAUUCAUGGAAAAAUACAUGGAACACCGUCCAUUAAAAGACAUGAUCAGAAAAUGUAGAUACAGACAUUUGAAUCAGAGGAACAUUGAACAUUCAGAGCUGUUAACACGUUUGGGUCAAAUUGUAAAGGAGAACAAUGGAGAGCACGUCAGCUGUGAUGUGUUUGAGGACGCAACAUCGACUUUACCAGGAGAUCAUCAGAGACCAAAACAACAGGAAACACAGACUUCUAUCAUGGGUGCUGUUAAAGCUGCUGGAAUCACUGGACGACGCUCAGAGAAAAACCCUUUGACUGACACAUCUCAAUUCAGGAUUGUGCUGCUGGGAAAAAGUGAAGACAAACAGUCAAAACUUCAUGACUUCAUCAUCAAGGACCAGACUUUUCAUUACCAAAGAACUUCUUCAACCAGAGAUUGUGUAUCUGCCUGUGGAGAGUUGAGAGGAAAACCAUUAACUGUAGUGAAAACUCCAAACAUCUUCAGCCUGCCCGUGGAGGCAGUGAGAGAAGAGAUGAAGAAGUGUGUGAGUCUUUGUUUUCCUGGACCAAAUGUUCUUCUGCUGUUAGUGAAACCUUCUGAUUUCACUGCAGAGAACAGAGAAACACUGAAGUUCAUCCUGAGUUUGUUUGGUCAAGAUGCUUUCAAACACUUGAUGGUCAUCAUGACACACAAUGAGAACAAAAGUUUCACUGUGACUCAGCUCCUUAUAGACUGUGGAGGAAGACAGUACAGCAUGUCUGAAGGUGACCACACAUCAUUAAUGCAGAAGAUUGAGAACAUUGUGCGUGAAAACAAAGGAACCUUCCUCACCUUCACUGAAGACACCACAAGACCAAAGUCUGAAGACAUGAAACCAGCUUUAAACCUGGUUCUGUGUGGGAGGAGAGGAGCAGGGAAGACUCCAGCAGCCAAGGCCAUUUUAGGUCAGACAGAGUUUCCUUCAGUCUCCAACUCAUCAGAGUGUGUUAAACAUCAGGGAGAGGUGUGUGGACGUUGGGUUUCCCUGGUGGAGCUGCCUGCCUUGUAUGGAAAACCUCAGGAGGCAGUGAUGGAGGAAUCACUCAGGUGUAUCUCCCUCUGUGAUCCUGAGGGGGUCCAUGCCUUCAUCCUGGUCCUACCUGUGGGUCCCCUCACUGAUGAAGACAAGGGCGAGUUAAAGACCAUCCAGAACACAUUCAGCUCUCGAGUCGAUGACUUCACCAUGAUUCUGUUCACUGUGGAGUCAGAUCCUACAGCUCCAGCUGUUGUUAACUUUGUACAAGAAAACAAGGACAUCCAGGAGCUCCGUCAGAGCUGUGGAGGAAGAUAUGUUGUUCUGAACAUCAAGGACAAGCAGCAGAUCCCAGAGCUGCUGGACAUGGUGGAAAAGAUGAGAACUGAAGGAUCCAUGCUGCUCACAAAGACAUGUUCACCAGGCUCAGAUGGAAAGUUUCCAGACUUGAAGCUGAGCUGCGCAGGAUGUUAA